AUGCUAUCAAUAUUCUUGCAGGUAAUUGUCCAAACAGCCAAUCAGAACUACUCUUUGGGCAACCUAAAGAAGUUAUUUUUAGAUAUUGGAUACCCUGAUGCUAUCAACAUCACUGGACUUGUCCCGCCGAUUUGGAUUAGAGAACCACCCAAUGUGACUCUGUAUUGUCUGUAUGGUACUGAUAUACCCACCCCCGAAAAAUUAUUUUAUAAAGUGGACGAAUUUCCUGACACUUUCCCCAAAACUAAGUUUGGAGAUGGUGAUGGCACAGUUAAUAUUCGCAGCCUGCAAGCUUGUCACUCUUUUGUGGGUAAACAGGAGCAACAAGGGGUGAUAAAAUCAUUUUCCAAGGCGGAACACAUGGCCAUGGUCGGAGACUCUAGGGUUAUUGAAUUUGUAAAAAAUAUAAUCACUUCAAUGGACUAA